AUGUCUACUCUUACAAUUAUCGAAGAAGAAGAAGAGAUUUCCGUUGAAGAGAUCUCUGAAACUAGGGAUUCGGAAAGUAAACUUCUCUUAUCGGAUGAAGAACUCCGUGAUGUUUAUGGAAAGAAAAGAUCUUUGGAAACUUUGUUGAUCCACCCGAGAGCGAAAACUGUUUCCUUGCAAGGAUAUAUCAACAUGCUCACCACCUACUACGACGCCUUCAUCUCGUAUCAAGUCUUGAAACAUACUAAGAAAGAAAGAGAGAAGCUGGAAGGAAGCAUGAAACGAAUUGCAAACCUGGAGGAUCUUCUAAUCCGAGUUAUUGUGAGAGAGGAGAAGCUUUUGACUGUUUUGGCAGAGCACAAGAAGCGUAUGACUCAAUGA